AGCCCCGGGCAGCGGGCCCCGUCCGCGGCCGGCGCGCUCCGUGGUCCUCCCUCGCUCGUCUCCUAUGCUCAUAUUUGGACUCGGCUGCCCGUGCCCAGGAAUUUCCCGUCAUGCCUCCCGCCGCCCCGUCCGUCGCCCGGAGCCGGGGAGGGAGGGAGCGAGGUUCGGACACCGGCGGCGGCUGCCUGGCCUUUCCAUGAGCCCGCGGCGGACCCUCCCGCGCCCCCUCUCGCUCUGCCUCUCCCUCUGCCUCUGCCUCUGCCUGGCCGCGGCUCUGGGAAGUGCGCAGUCCGGGUCGUGUAGGGAUAAAAAGAACUGUAAGGUGGUCUUUUCCCAGCAGGAACUGAGGAAGCGGCUAACACCCCUGCAGUACCAUGUCACUCAGGAGAAAGGGACCGAAAGUGCCUUUGAAGGAGAAUACACACAUCACAAAGAUCCUGGAAUAUAUAAAUGUGUUGUUUGUGGAACUCCAUUGUUUAAGUCAGAAACCAAAUUUGACUCCGGUUCAGGUUGGCCUUCAUUCCACGAUGUGAUCAAUUCUGAGGCAAUCACAUUCACAGAUGACUUUUCCUACGGGAUGCACAGGGUGGAAACAAGCUGCUCUCAGCCUUCACUUCUCAUAUUUAGAAAGUGUUUGACUCUUUCUUAAAUAGAACUCUUAAACUUAAAGAAAAGAGGGAGAGGAAUUUGUUCCGCUAAGGCAUGUAUGAAAAUACACGCUUUGGAGUAAAGUAAGUUCUAUGCAGGAGAGAAUGAGGUUCCAGCACUAACGAAUGGUAUGUGUGCCACACCCUUGCCCUUGUGGAUGGAGGAGGGGGUGUCUGCCACCUAAGCACAAAAACAGCGUACUGAAUUCAAGUGGACUGGGUAUCUUUCAUUUCAAUUUCUCUGUCUUUUAUUUGUGUGUUCCAUUCACAUUUAUUUUCCUUUUGUUUUAUAAUUUUCUUUCUUUUUUUAAAAUUUUCCUUUUUCUCAGGCAUCUUUUUUUACCUUGACUUGAUAAAAUAAAAGAUUUAGUAGUUCCCAUGCUAGAGCAGUCACUUGUAUUUUACUUCCUAGUUUCUCAUUUUUAGCACUAUUUUUUCAUUAUCUGUUUAUCUUCUUUUACCUUACAGUUUUUCAGUUCAUGUAGUCUCUUCUUCUGCUCAGAACUUCUCCCGUUUAUUUUAUUUUAUUUUAUUAUUUUUUAUUAUGCUUUAAGUUCUGGGAUACAUGUGCAGAACGUGCAGGUUUGUUACAUAGGUAUACACGUGCCAUGGUGGUUUGCUGCACCCAUCAACCCAUCAUCUGCAUUAGGUAUUUCUCCUAAUGCUAUCCCUCCCCUAGCCCCCAAUCCCCUGACAGGCCCUGGUGUGUGAUGUUCCCCUCCCUGUGUCCAUGUGUUCUCAUAGUUCAACUCCCACUUAUGAGUGAGAAUGUGGUGUUUGGUUUUCUGUUCCUGUGUUAGUUUGCUGAGAAUGAUGGUUUCCAGCUUCAUCCAUGUCCCUGCAAAGGACAUGAACUCAUCCUUUUUUAUGGCUGCAUAGUAUUCCAUGGUGUAAUUGACAAAUGGAAUCUAAUUAAACUAAAGAGCUUUUGCACAACAAAAGAAACUAUCAUCAGACUAAACAGGCAACCUACAGAAUGAGAGAAAAUUUUUGCAAUCUAUCCAUCUGACAAACGGCUAAUAUCCAGAAUCUACAAAGAAAUUAAACAAAUUUACAAGAAAAAAAAAAACAAACCCAUCAAAAAGUGGGUGAAGGAUAUGAACAGACACUUCUCAAAAGAAGACAUUUAUGCAGCCAACUUCUCCCAUUUUUUAAGAGUUUUAUUUUAUUAUUAUUAUUAUUAUUUUGCUGGUGAGAUAAUGUGGGAAACUACUCUGGUUUGCUCUCUUUCUAAAAUUCUUGUUGUAUUCUUAAUUUACGUGGCUUGUCUUUUCUCUGGACUGAAUUGCCUCAAUAUGGUUUGUGUUAUAAAAAAUCUAUUAGAUGCUUUUAGUGUGUUGUAGACAUUUUCAGUCGGAUGUGUUAUGUGGUGUAUUUCUUUCCUUUUGGUAAAGAUGGAAUAUCUAAAUACGAAGAACCUUUAACUGCCAACUUCUACAAAUGAACUGAGCCUUCAUGGACAAAACCUGAAUCAACUCAACCUGAUCAGCAGUUUGGCAAUAUGGCAAUAUUUCAUUGUUCUUUUGGUUCCUACCUAAUUCUCACUUCAGUGCUUAGGAUCCUUUUUUAAAAAAAAUUGUGGUAGGGAUGACACCAUGCAUGCAGUGAAUUAGGCCUCAUAUUUGCAUAGGAAUUGUAGACUCAUUGGGAGCCAAUAGCCUACCACCUCUUUACAGUACAUUGUAAAGAGGUUUGUCCAUGUGUCCAGUGACUUCUCAGAUAAUGUUUUUAGUAAAGAUUUACUGAGAGAGUUCAGAUUGGUUCAGUCCUAUCACCACUUUUUCUAGAAGUCUUGCAGUGAGGUUCUUCUAAAAGAAUUGUUGUGUAGGAAACAGCACACUGCCUAAUCUUUGCAUUGACAGCACUGAAAACAAGCAAGGGUCGGAGAGAUUCUUCACUGUCUUCAUUAUAAUUGUUGCUUAUGGGUACCCUGUUAUAUUCUGAUUUCUGUUGCAAUUUUAUUUGUUCUCUUUUGCUAUUCCACCUACUGAAUUGAGGAAUUACAUUUCAGUUAUCUCUUCCAAAGAGGAUCUUCAUCUUAAAUUUACUCGCUUUGGUGGGCACAUGUAUUUUCCCUCCAGCUGCAGCCAUCUUGUAACAAUUUUCAGCUAUAAAGAAUUUUCCUUGAUUUAAUUUAUAUUUUCAACUAGUGAUAAAAUACAUUGCUUCUA